AUGGGGAAUCCAGGUGCCUUAAUGAUCCAACAGGCUCGCGAGGAAGACCAGGGCAAGUACGAAUGUGUGGCAAGGAACAGCCUAGGCGUUGUGCAUUCGAAAGCGGCUCAUCUUUACGUGAAAGGCAAGUGCAAGGACCAAAUAAGGGCAAAGUGGGUCCCGAUGGCUGGGAGCAAAUUUAUGUGA